CCGCGGUCACGUGAGGCGCUGCCGGCGUUCAUCAUGGCGGUUGCCAUGGGGAGGGCGGUGCUGGUUCCCUUAUGGCUGUGCUGGGCUCUAGGCCGCACCGCGCCACCCAACGUGGUUCUGCUGCUUAUGGACGACAUGGGUUGGGGUGAUUUGGGAGCUUUUGGAGAGCCUUCUAAGGAAACUCCUAACCUAGACCAGAUGGCUUCGGAAGGGAUGAUUUUCCUGGAUUUUUAUGCUGCCAACCCCCUCUGUUCUCCGUCACGGGCAGCGCUGCUGACGGGUCGCCUCCCAGUCAGGAAUGGAUUUUACACGACGAAUGCACACGCCAGAAAUGCAUACACACCGCAGGAUAUAGUAGGAGGGAUUCAAGAUUCUGAAAUACUGCUUCCAGAGCUGCUGAAGAAAGCUGGCUACACCAAUAAGAUCGUCGGCAAAUGGCAUCUGGGUCACAGGCCCCAGUUCCACCCCCUGAAACAUGGUUUUGAUGAAUGGUUUGGAUCCCCAAACUGCCAUUUUGGACCUUAUGAUAACAGAGCACGUCCAAAUAUCCCUGUGUAUAGGGACUGGGAAAUGAUUGGCAGAUACUAUGAAGAUUUCAAAAUCGAUCUGAAGACGGGCGAAUCCAACUUGACUCAGAUCUACCUACAGGAAGCUCUCGAUUUCAUUAGCAAGCAGCAGGCCAGCCAGCAGCCGUUCUUUUUAUACUGGGCAAUCGAUGCUACUCAUGCUCCUGUUUAUGCUUCCAAACAUUUCCUGGGCACUAGUCAGAGAGGACGGUAUGGGGAUGCUGUGCGGGAAAUUGAUGAUAGCAUUGGAAAAAUCCUAAAGCAUCUUCAGAAGCUGGGUAUCAGUGAGAACACUUUUGUGUUUUUCACCUCUGAUAAUGGGGCUGCUCUCAUUUCAGCUCCUAAAGAAGGAGGAAGCAACGGUCCUUUUCUCUGCGGCAAACAAACCACCUUUGAAGGUGGCAUGAGAGAGCCAGCUAUUGCUUGGUGGCCUGGACAUAUACCUGCAGGAGGAGUCAGUCGCCAGCUGGGCAGCGUGAUGGAUCUCUUCACCACCAGCCUCUCCCUGGUGGGUCUGCAGCCUCCGAGUGACAGACAGAUUGACGGCAUCGACCUUUUACCUGCCAUCUUGCAGGGCAAGCUAAUUGACAGGCCCAUAUUCUAUUAUCGUGGCAAUGAGAUGAUGGCGGUGAGAGUCGGGCUUUACAAGGCUCACUACUGGACCUGGAGCAACUCCUGGGAGGAGUACAGCAAGGGCAUUGAUUUCUGCCCUGGGCAGAAUGUCUCUGGAGUGACAACACAUUCACAGGAGGAUCACAGCACUUUGCCACUGCUCUUCCACCUGGGCAGGGACCCUGGAGAGAAGUACCCAUUAAGUUUUGCCAGCGAUGAAUAUCAAGGAGUUAUGAGGCGAAUAUCUGCUGUGGUGCAGCAGCACAAGGAGACCAUGGUGCCAGGAGUGCCACAGCUCAACGUGUGCGACAAGGCCGUCAUGAAUUGGUCUCCCCCGGGCUGUGAGAAGCUCGGGAAGUGCCUGGAACCACCCAAGUCUGAUCCGAAGAAGUGCUUUUGGUCUCAUUGAUCUUUCCUGCAGCCCUCAGGAGCUGCCCAAAAAGCCCUCAAACCGCCUGGACGCUGAGUUUACAAUGCAUCUCUUCUCAUGUUGGCACUCCUGUUUACACAGGAAGGGUGUGAUGUAUGUGUGAUAUCAUCAUUUGCUCUUCCAAAAGGGACAGUGUUUAUAUUGCUUAGUGCUCAGGGUUUAGCCUGUCCUCAUCUGUUGGUUUAGUUGUUUCCGUAAAUGGUAAAUUUUCAGUGAGGACUGAUUUAACUGUGAAAGAUCUCUGGACAACCACAGCUCUGCCAUGAGUUCUGAAACACCACGGGUGCACCUUCCCUCUGCCUUCUUCCAACCGACCUCUGGAAUCACUGCUUACAUGGAUGCCCCAGCAGCAGCCAUAGGAGACUGCUCAGGAAACGUACAGCCCUGCCCAAGCUGCCCUUGUUUUGUUUGCCUGUAACUUGUUGCUUUAACAUUUCGUUUCCAUUGUGAACUCUUUGGACACCGACUUGUUUUUGCCUGUUCUUCCUAAGCUUGCAAGUACUGGGUGCAGCCGUACGGCCCACACUGCUGCUGUGCACGCCUGAGUGCAAACAAGUGCUGUGUUCUGUUCUCAACUAAGGGUCAGCUACAGACAGAAGGUCCUGCAUUUUUUCCUUCUGUAGCUGCAAACGCUCACCAGGUCAUAUUAUAAAGAAAUGUGCAGAUAGGAUUCAUGUAAGUAUUGCCUUAGUGCUGGUGUACGGAGCGUUCUCGGGGAGCUGGGGCUCCGUUGUUCACUUGUGGGAUUUUCUUUCUUUCCAAACAUCCAGGUCCAAAUAUGGUGUAAGUCACUUGUAGUCUCGUGAGCUGGGUCCACCCAACUGCAGGCUCAGAAAUGCCCUUUUACAUCACGCAUUAACUCUUGACCCUGUUUCCAGUGUAUGCUCUCCGAGGAAUUCUUCUUGUGCAAACUUUCCCCAUUCUGGGUGUAGCACUUCUCCAAACAGAUUUCUUGGUAAAGGCAGAUUCUUCACAUAA